GAAUUUCAAUCGCAGAAUCCCGUGCCAAGAUGGGUGAAAGUGUCGACUCUAAAACACGCCUCGAAGAGGGCCGAAAUAUACCGCCGGCGCUAAAAAAGAUGCUCGAAUGGGACGUCGUUAUGACAAAACAGAUCGUCAGCUUUAUGCUGAACUUUGUGCCAUUGAGGUCACUGCGAACGCACUGCAAGGUGCUGGAGUAUUCGUGCCAUGGUAUCGCCUGGCUGGCGGGAUGGUUGGCAUUCUGCUGGAUGAUCGAUAAACCGGAAUGGUAUCAGAUGCAGGUGAACCUGUUUAUCGGGCUGCUGACGGAUAUUGUAAUGGUGGCGGUCAUAAAGGCAGCAACACGUCGCCGCCGGCCAGCUAUAAACGAUGAUCCGCUUUGCUUCGGUCCGGAUAAGUUUAGCUUUCCUUCGGGACAUGUUUCCCGUGGUGUGUUUAUUACGACGUUCCUGAUCGUACUGGAUCCGGUGAUGAUUGUGCUGUGGCCCCCACUGCUAGCGUGGACUGUAGCGUUGUGCAUUUCUCGUCUAAUUCUCUAUCGUCACCAUAUUCUGGAUGUAAUCGGUGGCAUUGUGCUUGGACUUUUUAAUGCGUUGCUGAUUUCGGUCCUUUGGUUCGAUCAGGAGGGCAGUGUUUGGCUGAUCAACUGGAUCACGGACGAACGUGUGGCUGGAGCGGAAUAUGCUGUGUAAAUGCUGCUAUCA